AUGGUCCGAGACGGCGAGGCGAGCCUCGCCGAGCCCAGGAAGGGCGGGGCCGCGAGCCCCGCCUCGGCCCCCACGCGGUGCCCGUCCGCGGAGCUGCUCGACUUCGGCGGCGCCACGGGCGCCGACGCGCGCGAGGGGAGCCGGGGCGCCCCCGUGCUGCCGGAGGGCGGCGAGGAGCCGGUGCUCCUCGAGCAGGCGCUCCUGCUGGCAUCGCAGCCUCCAUCCUGCCCGCACCGCAGACCGCCAGGAGUAUGCCUGCGGCGCCGGCGCCGAGAGCUGCCCCCGUGA